AUUAUUUAUUUCUCAUACGCCUGGACACUAAUUUCCUUUGUUGUUUACAAGACGAAAUCGUUUUUCAGCCUAAGGGCGUGGGUUGAAGGAAGAAAAAGGACAGUUUGCUGGAUUUAGGGGUUUUGAUCUGGUAGUGGUUGAAGAAUUUGAGGUUGGGCUUGUCUCGGAAUCCCAUGGCGACCAUCAGUCUGAGAAAGGCCAACACAAGGCUACCGCCAGAAGUGAACAGGGUACUGUACGUGAGGAAUCUGCCCUUCAACAUAUCCUCCGAGGAGAUGUAUGACAUUUUCGGUAAAUACGGGGCGAUUCGUCAAAUACGCAUAGGCACGAACAAGGACACCAGGGGCACUGCCUUUGUUGUUUACGAAGAUAUCUACGAUGCCAAGAAUGCUGUCGAUCAUCUCUCUGGUUUUAAUGUGGCCAACAGGUAUCUCAUCGUUUUGUAUUACCAGCAAGCCAAGAUGAGCAAGAAGGUCGAUCACAAGAAAAAAGAAGACGAGCUUGUCAAGAUGCAGGAAAAAUAUGGGGUUUCAACCAAAGACAAAUAGCCAGACUUUUUGUUCCUAUAUGACUACUAUUUGUUUUAUUUGCGGGAGGGAUAGCUUUGUUACCCAACAUCAUGUUGGAAGGAUUGUGGUAAAUCUUGGUCAUCUUUAGAAGUUCUACAGAAAGUGGUUGGCUGAUCAAUAGUCCAACCAAGGAGGGUCUUAGCAGGCUCAUGUCGCAGAGCAUUUUGAGGAGAAGGGGGCAGCCUUCUUUGCAUUCAUGGCCAAAUGACCUGCAGAUUAUGUCGAGUCUUUUGUAGGGUAGUUAGAAGGAUAUUAAGGGAGAGUAUUAAAGUAAUAUUGUAAUAUUGAUAUAAUGGUCAUCUUAGUCAUUUAGUUAGCAUUUAGAAACUUCUUUUUAUGUCUUUCUCCUCUAGUUAGUUUUAGGAAGUUCCUUCUAUCUUUCGUGUUUCUAUUCUUGAUUGUUUCCAUUAUGGAAAGAUCUUCUUUGUAAUCUCUUUAUAAGGAGCCUUCAUCUCCUUUGUAAUUAAUAUAUAACGAAUUAUCAUA